UAUCCCCACUAUUCUUUCGAUCAAACGCGUUUCCGCGCCGUCCCUCGUCGUCUUCCUCAGAUCAGCUCAGCUGUCUCUCCCAAUUCUCUUUCCAAGAAACCCACACCUCUCUGCGUCUCCUUUCCCAUCUCUCUAAUUAAAUUGAAAAUCCAUAUAUUUAUUAUAUGGUUUUUAAUUCGAAGAUUUGAAUUGAAUUGAUCAAUGGCGUCGAAGAAGAAGCAGCAGAGCUACAUUUCCGUCCCGUCGCAGAUCAUCGCCUCCAUCUCACAGGCCUCCCUCGACGCGCUGCUUCUUCAGCACCACCACCAAUCGCCGCCGCACAAGGCCAGCCACCACUUUUUCCGGCGAGUCCUCCGUAGCCCCAGGUUUUUCAUAUCCCUAAUCUUCGGAUUAGGGUUUCUCUGUAUGGUGGUGACGUGGCUCAGUUUGAUCCCUUCGAUGCCUUCUUCUUCUUCCCAGCCCCCCUGCGGCACUGGUAAUAAGGAGGCCACAUCGUCCUUACCGACGCCUGUUCCCGAUGUCGGAUUCUGGAAGCAGCCCGACGGGAUGGGAUACCGUCCAUGUCUGGACUUCAGCGGCAAUUACAGAAGGGAAGGGCGCGAGGUCGUCAAGGACAGGCGCAAGUAUUUAAUGGUGGUUGUCUCCGGAGGGAUGAAUCAGCAGAGGAAUCAGAUUGUCGAUGCUGUCGUCAUUGCAAGGAUCCUCGGAGCUGCCUUGGUUGUCCCCAUUUUGCAGGUCAACGUCAUCUGGGCCGACGAGAGUGAAUUUGCCGAUAUAUUCGAUUUGGAUCAUUUCAAAACUGUCUUAGCAAACGAUGUAAGAAUCGUUUCCUCACUUCCAUCGACGCAUUUAAUGUCUCGCCCAGUCGAGGAGAAGAGGACUCCCCUCCACGUUUCUCCUCAAUGGAUCCGAUCGCGCUACCUUAAACUGCUUAGGAGGGAUGGUGUGCUUUUAUUACGCGGUCUCGAUUCAAGGCUGUCGAAGGAUCUUCCUUCGGACCUGCAAAAAUUGCGUUGCAAGGUGGCAUUUCACGCUCUACGAUUCGCGCCGCGAAUAUUGGAACUCGGAAACACGUUCACGGCAAGAAUGCGAAGCCGGGGGCCGUACCUUGCGCUACAUUUACGAAUGGAGAAGGAUGUCUGGGUGAGGACCGGAUGUCUUCCCGGUCUAAAUCCCGAGUACGACGAGAUGAUAACCAACGAAAGAAUGGCCCGCCCCGAGCUCUUGACGUCGCGUUCUAACAUGACGUACCACGAUCGGAAGCUCGCCGGCCUAUGCCCUUUAAAUGCGUUCGAAGUCGUGCGAUUGCUUAAGGCGCUCGGAGCUCCGACGAACACUCCGAUUUAUUGGGCGGGAGGCGUUCCAUUGGGAUCGAAAGAAGCCUUGCAACCGUUGAUCCGGGAAUUCCCUCAUUUCUACAACAAAGUCGACCUCGCAUUACCCGGCGAACUCGAACCGAUCGAAAAGAAGGCGUCUUUAAUGGCAGCCAUCGAUUUCAUAGUGUCGGAGAAUAGCGACGUGUUCAUGGCGUCGCAUGGCGGGAAUAUGGGCCACGCCAUUCAGGGGCACCGAGCUUACGCGGGGCACAAGAAGACUAUAAUCCCGAACAAAAGGCACAUGCUCACGCACUUUAUGAACUCGUCGAUCCCGGAAGCAGAGUUCGGCAAGAUAAUACUAGAGUUGCAUCGCGACUCGAUGGGACAACCCGAGCUUAGGACAAGCAAAGUCGGGAGAGAUGUGACCAAGUACCCCGUUCCCGAGUGUAUGUGCAACGAUACGGCGUCGCGACACUCUUAUACGUGAAACCAACUGGGGCGAGCUGCAUGGACUUGAGAUACUUGUGAAUACGGCGCGACGAGCUCGCCAGCGGCGGCCGGCGGGAUCGGAGGAGUAGAGAUGGAGAAACUGUAGAGGAAGAUAUGUGGUAUAGGAUUCAUUCUUCAAAUUUUGGCCUUCAGCUCUGUUGUUUAAUUGAUUCUUUGAUGUUGUACUUGUACGUUGGAUUUGUGUACAGAUAUAUAUACACACACGGUUACUUAGGAUAAA